AUGGCUAAGCGGUGCGUUCUGCUGGUCGGUGCUCUCCUGGUCGUCGGCGGUGCCUCGCCCGCUUCUGGUGUUCUGCUCGGUGCUCGAGCUACGUCGUCGGAUCUUCAGACAGCGCUUACCUGUCUAAACAACACCGUGGGCGGACGCCUAUACAACGCUACGCCUUGGGAACUACCAUGUUUCUCCACGUACGAUGGUUCUAAUGUGACGCAGAAUGCGUCAGAGUGUGCGCUCAUCCAGCACAAUUACACUGUCCCUACUACACGCGUAACAUACUUUGGAGCGUAUAUGCUGCCGCAAUGGGAAACUUGCCAGUCAUCCGCCGUGCCCGAGGGAUGUCUGCUGGAUUCCUCUAACACGUCGGAUCCUCUUGCGUUCGAGAACGUCAACUGUCAGAUUGGCAAUAUUCCGCCCCUUUAUAUCGAUGUCCGCGAGGUUUCUGAUGUGCAAGCUGCUUUGCAUUUCUCCGACGUCACUGGCGUGCGCUUGUCGGUCAAAAACAAGGGACACGAUUACAAAGGUCGUUCCAGUGGUAAAGACACUCUGUCUCUUUGGGUGACAAACCUCAACUCGAUCUCAUACGAUGGGGCGUUCGUUCCCAAUGGUUGUUCUUCUACUUCUACUUACGACGCCAUCACUGUCGGACCCGGAGCGCUCACGGAAGAUAUCUAUGCUUUCGUGGAUAGUAUCAAUCGGACCGUCGUUGGUGGUUAUCACCAGACAAUCGGGUUCGGCGGUGGAUACUUCCUGGGUGGCGGUCACAGUAUCUUGACACCAGUGUACGGUCUCGCCGUAGACAACGUGGUUCAAGUCAAGGUCGUCACACCUGACGGCGAGUACCGCACUGCGAACGAAUGUCAGAACCAGGAUCUCUUUUGGGCACUCCGCGGUGGUGGAGGGAGCGCGUUUGGCGUGGUCAUCGAGUCGUCGCACACUGUAGUGCCGCAGGUGACUCUUCAGGUUGCAUCCAUCUCGUUCAUCUCGACCUCCAACAUCAGCAGUCUCGCCGGGUGGUACGAUCUCUUGAUUAAUAACACGUAUGAGCUGAGCAGCAUGGGGUGGGGAGGACACAUUGUCAGUGCCUCCAUCGUCUACGUCAAUCCUCUGAUCUCCCUGGACGAAGCGACUGCGUCGAUGCAGCCUUUGGUGGACUACGCUAUCGCAAACGGCGGCACGGCGGUCAUUGAAACCCUGCCAUCAUGGUACGCGUUCUUCUCGAAGUACGUCACGCUCGCCCAAGCUGGCGUUGGUCCUGAACUAACCCUCGGCACGCGGCUCCUAACCACGGACCUGUUCAACACGACCGAGGGUCGUGCAACCCUGAGCAGCGUCGUGAAUGACGUCCUUUCUUUCGCGAGCCCUUACGUCGUCGUCGGCACGCCGUUCCUUUACAAUUACACCGAGGGCACGACGAGCGUCACCCCGGCGUGGCGGAAUUCGCUCUGGCAUCUGUCACUCAAGGGCGUGGUCAGCUUCAAUAGCACGCUUGAGCAGCGGACGGAGAUGUACGCAACCGUGAGUGAGCAUGUCAAUGCCUUCCGCGCGAUCACGCCGGAUAGCGGCGCGUAUUUCAACGAGGGCGAUGUGUACGAGCCCAAUCACACGGACUCGUACUGGGGCGACAAUUACCCGCGCCUGCUCUCUAUCAAGCAGCAAUAUGACCCCCAGGGCCUUCUCGAUUGUUGGCAAUGCGUUGGCUGGAACGGCGAGACGGACCCUCUCUACCAGUGCCACAUCAAGCUGAACGACACCGUCGCGACCACCACGCUUUACUGA